GAAAAAAUACUUUUUCCAAGAUAAAAUAUUCCCGACAGUUUCUGACUAAUAGUCGGUACGCGCUGGACGCUGAAAAAAAACUAAGAAAUGAAAAAUGUGGUUUUUAAAUUAUGUAUCAAUAAUUUUAAUUUAUAUCAAAAGAUAAAACUAACUUGAUAAAGAUGAGUGAGUCUGUGAAAGUAGCUGUACGAUGCCGGCCAAUGUCCCAACGUGAACUGCAACAAAGAUGCAAGAAUGUCAUCACAAUUGAUCCAAUUGGCAAAACUUGCACUCUUGACGGUACUGAUAGUGGAAAAGUUUAUCAAUUCGAUGCUGCAUUUGGCUCAGAGUCUUCAACUGAAUCUGUUUACGAGGCUGUUGGAUCUGUUGUUGUCGAAGCAGUAUUGGAAGGCUACAAUGCAACUGUUUUUGCGUAUGGACAAACCGGUUGUGGAAAAUCCUUUACAAUGCAGGGAUUCAUUGAACGUGCACUUGAGCAUCUUUUUGAAGCUACAUCGACAAGUAGUCAAAACACGAGAUAUUUAGCGUUGCUCAGCUAUUUGGAAAUUUAUAAUGAGAAACUUCGCGAUCUACUGCAGGACAGUGGUGGUGAGAAUCUUCUUCAAUUGAAGGAAGAUCCAUCGCGUGGUACUUAUGUUGCUGGUGGCCUUAGGGAGACAACUGUUAAAAAUGCCAUCGAAUGCGGACGCCUCGUGGAACAAGGUAAUCGUCGAAGAAUAGCAGCGGCAACAAAAAUGAAUCAAGCAAGCUCCAGAAGUCAUGCGGUAUUAACUCUUUCGUUGGAAGCAAUUGCCAUCAAUGAUGAUGACGACGACGACGACAAUAAACGUAGCAGUGCCGUGAGACGUGGUCGAUUACAUCUCGUUGAUCUCGCUGGUUCUGAACGUCAAACACGAACCGGAGCAACAGGUGAUCGACUCAAGGAGGCUGCAAGUAUAAAUCUCAGCCUCUCGGCGCUUGGCAAUGUUAUUAGCGCCCUUGCCGCUGGUAACGGUCGUCAUGUUCCUUACAGAGACAGCAAAUUGACACGACUUCUCAGAGAUAGUCUAGGUGGAAAUGCGAGAACAUUAAUGAUCGCAUGCGUGAGUCCCUCAAAUGCUGAUGGAGACGAAACCCUAAGUACAUUACGUUACGCGGCACGUGCACGAUGCAUAAAAAAUAAGCCAAUUGUUAAUGAAGAUCCAAAAGACGCUUUAUUACGACAAUAUCAAAUUGAAUUACAAAGACUGCGAAAACUUCUUGAAUCAAGUGAUAAUCCACGAUUAGAUUUAAUGAAUUCCCCUGAUAAAGAUGAGACGGACAAUAAAAAUAAUGACGAAAUUGAAAAUUUACGAAGAGAAUGUGAAAAUUCCAAUAUUUCGGCACAAAAAUUAAAAGAUGAACUAUCGGCACUGAGAUCGCGUUAUGAAUUAGAACCUAAUGUUAAAGAAAUGAAUAAUUAUUUAAAUUUAGAUGAUGAAAAAUCGACAGUAUCAAUUAGUGAUAAUAAAAAUCAGCGUAAGGAAAAUAAUGAAGAAAUUGAUCUACUUGAUGAGAGAAAAAGACGAAAAAGAGAAGCUGCACGAUUGGAAGUUUUAAAAAGAUUGGAAAAAUUAACAAUAGGCGGUGAAGCACGAAGUAAUGAUGAACUUAGACGUCGACGCGAGAGACGACGAAAACGAUUAGAAAUUUUGGCAACUGCUUUAGAGACUGAUUCGCAGGAGGGAACUGGCGCGGCAUUUCAAGUUUAUGGUCAGUUAAAAACCGCCGAAGAAGCGCUCAAAAGAAUGGCAAAAAGAGCAAGGCAACUCGAAAUCGAGGCCGCCGAUCUUCAGGCAUCGUGGGACGCAGAAAGAAGAGAACUUCUGCGACGAGAAUUGUUGGCAUCACAAUUAUGUGACGCAAUGCUCCCUCACCUUCGACCUGGUUGUCCAUUUCGUGAUUUGGAGGCUAUCAGAAACACAGCCACAUGGAGUGAAGAAUUAAAUCGUUGGCGUUUACCAAACGUUUCCAUGGUAUCUCUACGAAUUGCUCUUCCUCCACCUGCUCAAUCACGUGAAUUGGUGACCAAUUGCUUUGACAUCGACUCUAAAUCAGAUCAAAACAAUAAUAACAAUAACAAUAAUAAUAAUAGUAGCAGUAGUAAUAAUAGUAAUAGUGGUAAUGAUGAAGAACGAGACAGUGGAGAUGAAAUUGGCGAAAGUGAACCAAAAGUCUCCAGGUGGAAAGACAUCGCCGACGCUUAUUUUCGUAGAAACAGAAUCGAUGAACUAUUAGCACAUGCACGCGAGGCCAAAACAUUCGAUUCUGGAACGAGAAUCAGUAAAUCAGGUGGUUCAGAUGAAUUAAUUCCAAAUAUAGGAGGAAGUGUCCAUGCUCAAAUAGGUUCUUUAAAUUUACAGACUAGUGUAUCGGCGAGUUCGGAAACAAAUUUCAAAACUCAACGACUUCCAAUUGUCCGACCAACCGGUUGGUUGGCUAGUGAUGACAAUGUCAGUAAAUUGCCAACAUACUCAAGCGUACCGAUAAUAAAAAAACAUCCACCCAGAAUUCUCGAGGCUCUGCCUUCUUACCCUCUUGGAAAUUCUUUCGCGUUACCUUCACAUCUUAAAGAUCGAAGUGUUUCCUCGUCAUUGUCUCCGGAAGACAAUUAUCAAUCACCGUCACCAACAUACUAGCGUUAAUUUUACAUUUCAUGAUCAAAUCAAAAUUUAUAUUUUCAAAAAAUAUUAAAUAAUUAUUUUUUAUAUUUUAAUUUAUUAAAAAUAUUUUUGAAUAAUAUUUAAUAAUUUUUUAACAAAUAUUUUACUUGUCUCUUUAUAAAGGUAAAUAUGUUAUGAUUCUAUCGCUUAAAAUUCAAUAAAGAUCAUGAAAUGUGUAUUUCUCAGUCGUUACGAUGACUAUCGUGUGACCUGAUUGUACAGUAAAUUACAGAGUUCAUCGUCUUGAAAAAAAAAAACUAUAAUGAUCGAAAAAUAGUGAUUUUUUUGUUGAAAAAAGAAAUAUAGAUAAAUAUAUUCAAAUUUUACAAUUUCUAAUAUAAAUUAAAAAGAUUCUUUCAAGAAUUUGCAGUGGCUGUGAGUUAAUGUCUUUAACUAUACAUUUAAGACACACAUAGACUUUAAAAAUGUAAUUCAAAUGAAAAAUAAUUAUUUCUCGACUAUUUUUUGUGUUUCUCAUAAGAAUUCCAGAAAAUUCGAAUGACUUGUAACUAUUUUAUUUUUCCUUGUUAAUAAUAUUUUUGCAAUCGCAAAAAGUCUUAUGGACAAUUAUGACAAACGUAUAAUUUAUCUCUACUUUCAAAAGAAGGAAACAUUUUUUUCUUUAAUAAAAAUAAAAAUUAUAAGUGUA